CAGAAAAGAGGCUUGCCAGAGACAAAACGUUGAGAACAGGGUCUCUGUCUUGUUGAAUACCUUUGACGUCCUACUCUUUCUUUCUUCAUCCUCCAAUUCGCCACCAAUCUCAGCCUUCACAAUGACUUGUGUAUCUUUGAGCAAGCACGAUAUCAACGUGCUUGAGAAGAUCAAGGACCCCGAGUCAAACCCUUACGCCGGCAUCGUUCUUGACUCCUCGCUGCCUCGCGACCCAAACAUCACAGACGCUGGCGUAUAUGAGCGAGUAGUCGAGAAGGAGCGUGAAAUCAUCCGCUCAAUUCAGAAGCUCGAGGUCCAGCUCAGGGACCUUGGUCUCGAUCAGGGCAGGGAUGCCGCGGUUAACGGCUACCGAGAGUGCCUUUCCGCCAUCGAGGACAUGAUCUCGGAGCACCCGAACUAUGCCAGUGCCAGGAACAACCGGGUACAGAUCUUUAGACGGCUCUACGGAGACGCCAUCCUCCUUUCAGAGACCUCGGACAACACAAUGCCCUUGAUCGAGAACCCCGAUACAACUGAAAGGAGAAGGGUUGUUGCCACAGCCUUGAACGACAUGGAGACGUCUAUUGCGCUUCUGUCUCCAUCUUCACCAACCGCUCCAAUAUCGCCUCAAGCAGCACGCACGCUCUCAAUGGCACACACUCAAAGAGCAGCUGUGUACCUCAAGACGGCAAAGCUGCUGCUGCACCGCUCAUUGGACGUUGGCCAAGACCUCCGGGAAUCCAAAUGGGAGAAGCUGGACUUUGAAGAGGCUGCGUCUCGAGACCUUGCACUUGGCGGUCGAUACGGGAAUCAGAUUGCCAAGGGUUUGGCCGUCAGUGUGAACCCAACAGCAAAACUGUGCGGACAGAUUGUUCGAGAAGCGAUGAAGAAGGAAUACGGCCCGUCUUUUGGUGAUUUCAAAAGUUGAAAAUGGAAUUAGUUUAGAGUAGGAUACCCGGUGAAUAAAAGCCUUC